GCUGGGGGGCGGCUCCGCGGGGCGGGCGGCCGGAGCGACCUGUCGUCACGCAAGAGCCAUGGCAGCCCUGCGCGCCCUGCAGCCCAGCGUCCGCGCCCUGCUGUGCACUUGGCCCGGCUGCCCCGCGCCGCGCUCCUUCGUCUCGAGCGCAGCCUCUGAAUACAUCAUCACAGCCAAGAAGGGGAAGAACAGCAACGUGGGGUUGGUCCAGCUGAACCGCCCCAAGGCACUCAAUGCGCUCUGCGAUGGCCUGAUCAUGGAACUCAACCAGGCGCUGCAGGCCUUCGAGGAGGACCCGGCUGUGGGGGCCAUCGUCCUCACGGGCGGGGAGAAGGCAUUUGCAGCUGGAGCCGACAUCAAGGAAAUGCAGAAUCUAACGUUCCAGGACUGCUACUCCAGCAAGUUCUUGAGCCACUGGGACCGACUCUCUCGGGUCAAGAAGCCGGUCAUAGCUGCUGUCAAUGGCUAUGCCCUUGGUGGUGGCUGUGAACUUGCUAUGAUGUGUGACAUCAUUUAUGCUGGAGAGAAAGCCCAGUUUGGGCAGCCAGAGAUCCUAAUAGGAACCAUCCCAGGUGCAGGGGGCACCCAGAGACUGACCCGUGCCGUCGGAAAGUCACUGGCCAUGGAGAUGGUCCUCACUGGUGACCGGAUCUCGGCCCAGGAUGCCAAGCAAGCAGGUCUUGUAAGCAAAAUUUUUCCUGUUGAGACACUGGUGGAAGAAGCCAUAAAGUGUGCAGAGAAAAUUGCCAGCAACUCUAAGAUUGUAACAGCGAUGGCCAAAGAAUCAGUGAACGCAGCUUUUGAAAUGACAUUAACAGAGGGCAUUAAGUUGGAGAAGAAACUCUUCUAUUCAACUUUUGCUACCGAAGACCGGAAAGAAGGGAUGUCCGCGUUUGUGGAGAAGAGAAAGGCCAGCUUCAAAGACCAGUAGGAGCUGGCUGCCUGUGCCUCAGCGCCUCGAGUUAAAGAGGAAACACGGCCUGUCAGCUCAGAAGCAAAUACAUCCUUCUCUGUCAAACGCAGUGUCAGGGACACACAGCUUCUCUCCAGCUGUGAGGGGCCCUGGGGGGCUGUGUGGGCUCUCGCCCCCCCGAGCAGCAGGGGGCCUUCACCCGGCUCUCGUGAGGACCCCCAGCUUGGUCGCGGUGUCGUUUGCAGCCGGUGGACGUGGCCGCUCAGAGGGAUGGCCUCGCUGCUGAGCCUUUAAAGAGACGUGCUCUUGACUAAAUGACAAAAUUCAGGUCACAUUAUGCCUUUCUUUUAGUUAUCGCUAGAUUUGAAUGUUCUGUCACUUUUUAAAACUUGUUUGUCAUUCUCAGUAACAACAUUCAAACAGAACAAGGCUCUUAAAGUAAGGCACCACAUCCCACUCCGAGGGUAACCACUGUUCACACGUUCGUGCCUUUCAAGGUGUCUUUCUGUGCCCACAUGCGUGAACACAUGCUCUGGUGUGAAAUUCCGUUUUCUUUGAACAGAAAUGGUUCUCCACGUACACGUUUCUGCAAGGUGCACUGAUCACCUUCUGCUUCUAGCACACAAAUGCACCCUAUCCUUCUGUUUGACUAGCAUUUGUUUUCAUUUUUCCCAUUUUUAAAUGGACAUUUUCGCAGCAUUCAGUGUAUUCACAGUGUUCUUCAUCUCCAGACUGUUUCAUCACCCCAGACAGAAACCUCACCCCUUCAACACUAACUCCCUACUCCAGCCCCCCGGCCCUGGGGACCUCUGUUCCACUUUCUUUCUGUCACUGGAUUUAAUAUAAUAUUUCCAAGGUCCGUCAGGUUGUAGCACUAACAGUUUCAUUUCGUUUCAUGGCUGAAUACUAUUCCUACUAGCAUUCCUCUCAGUGGCCCUGAAAUAUUUCAUGAUGUGUGUAUGUUGUGAUCUGCUUAUUUACAUGGUGUUGGAUGUUUA